AUGGAGAUAUGCCCAUCACAGCAACUGUCCUUGGAACCAUUGGUACAGUGUAUGCAUCCUCUUCUCCAGCAAGCUGCUGUAAGUUUCCUCUUGCACAUUCAACAACCGCAGAACUCGAUGUCCAUGAAGAAUGAGCCUCUAACGGUUAGCAGGAAAUGGGCAACCUGGAAAGCCACUUUCAUGGUCCUCUUUGUGGGCGCGGUAUUUGGCAGUAUAGAAACUGCCUUAAUCCUCAUACUGAGGCCCCUCCACAACAAGGGGAACAACGCCCCAAUGUUUGUUCUCGGCGUCCUGGCAGCCGUCCUGCUUGGAGGUGGUCUGCUUCCUCCGUACAGAGAAAUCUGGAAGCGGAGGGGCAGGGUAAUUGGCAUCAACUGGCUCUUCUUGGCCAUGGACUGGUCUGGAUCAUUUUGCUCUCUUAUGGCGCUAGUUGCUCAAAACACUUUCGAUGUCUUAGGAGGUGUCAUCUACAUCGUGAUUUGUCUUCUCGAGAUGGGCAUUGGUGUCUCCCAUUUGACCUGGUUGUUCCGCACCGGGAGCAUCCGCAAGGAGGCCGCUGCUCAAGGGAAAACUUUUGACGACAUCCUGGCAGAACAUGAGGCCAACGGUACACCAUUCAAGUUCGCUGAACGCAAGAGCCGCAGGCAGCAGCCGAGGCAGCAAGUCGACGAGGAAGCGAAGAUUGAAGGAUCCAACAACAGCAAGGAAUUCGUCUCUGGGAGCUCUUCGUCGUCUUCAGAGCACUCGUCUUGA